AUGACAGAUUCUUCGGAAGAGGAAGAUUUAUCAAGGUUUCAAGAGGCGGUAGAUGAUUCAUUUAUACAAAAAAUUAUUGCAAACCAUGAUGAUAAAUUCGGAUUGGUGUCUAAAGAAACAGUUUUAGAUCAAACACCACGAUCUCAAAGGUAUUUAGAGGAAGCUACUCACUAUAAUGAUGUCAAAGUAUCUAAAGAUUUGCAGAAAAAAAUCGGUGCAAAAGUGUCUGAAAUAAUUAAUAGAAAUUUAAAAUUCGUAAAUGUACAAGAUGCAGAUAUAGAAAACCAAACAGUUCAAGGCGGUGUGAAAUUAUUUAGAGACUCAGUGGGGUUUUUGACAUGUGAAGAAGCCAAGGACACACUUACUGAAGAGCACAACAACUUAUCAAGAAGAAUAAGAAACAAGAAAUUCCAUUCUUAUAAAAAUAUUGAUGCAAUGGAUGAAGCAGCAAAACUUAACUCAGUAGCAGUAAGCGGAGAUUAUAUCCUAUCAAAAGAAGAAACAAAAUUUUGGAAGUCCAGGAGAAAAGAGAAGAGUACUGCC